AAUAAAUUGAAAUUACUUUAUUCUUUCUGAGACCAUCAAUAAAAUCAUUUUGUUUUAAUAUAAAAAUUUAACUAGGGAAUCAGUUCCCACCUUUCUUAGUUAUCUUGUGACAUGAGAAUGGCCAUUUCUUAAAAGUCAGAUUUACUGAAUUAUGUGCCACUGGAGUUUAAGUUAAAAGUAAAAUCUUAACAAUAUCUGGCUAAGAAGUCACUGGCUAUUUACUAAUUUAUUUGUCAUUCAUACCCAUUGAAUGACUAUUUCUAGUCAUUGCCAAAACUUAUAGUCAUGAUAAACUUGAUUAACAGGAAAAGAGUGACUACUAGCAUUCAGAUAUAAGCCAAUACAGGCAAUUUUACAUACCUUGUUCUCUGAACUGUACAAUAUCAAGAUUUUUUAUAGGUUUUGACAAAUGGCAUAAAUUGGAUAAAAUACAAAUUAGGAAUGGGGGCUUCAUUUACUGUAUAUAAGAGGGAAUAUAUGUUGUUAUUUAUAUCAUUUAACUAUAUAAGUAUUAUAUAAUAUGCAAAUAUAUAGAUAAAACCUGUGUUAUUUGUAUAUGUACAUGAUUUCAGGGCUGACCAAUUAGGGAUCUCAUCCAUGAGGAGAGCAUUUCUUUCACUCUUUGCAUUUCUUGGUUUCCUGUAGUUCUUUGAAUGUGUUUGUGGAGGAAAUUCCCCCUUCACUUUUAGCAAGUCUACUGUACUUUUUCAGACCAAGUUUUGGAAGCCAUACUUCUGUGGUAUUAUGAGAGAAGUAAGGAGUAGGGUUUGGCAUGUGUUGGAGGGAAAAACCAAAGGGUGUAAAUGAUGCAUUUAUAUUUUGAUAUAAAACUUUUAAAAAGCAAAAUUGUAUAAAUGAAUUUGUUUUCCACUAGGUUUUUAGUUCAUGUAACUUCCAUGUUGCAUUGUUAUUUCAGUGUUAUAUUUUUAAUGGAACACAUACAGACUUAAAUAUUCUUGGAUUACAAAAUAUUAACCAUGUGGUACUAAAUCACAUAAAAUAAUAGGGAAAUGAGAGGGAAUUAUGAUUAUUGGGUUUUUUUUGGUUUUUAGAGACAGGGUUUCUCUGUAUUGUUUUGGAGCCUGUCCUGGAACUUGCUCAGUAGACCAGCCUGGUCUCGAAUUCACAGAGAUCCUCCUGCCUCUGCCUCCCGAAUGCUGGGAUUACAGGUGUGCGUCACCAAAGCCUGGCUUAUGAUUAUUGUUUUAAGGUGUGAUUUAUUUGUAGUGUGUAGGCCUGUGUGUGUUUAUGUGGGCCUAAGAAUUCUGGAGCAGGUGUGUUCAUGAGCCACCUCAUAUGGGUGCUAAGAUCUGGACUCAGAUCCUCUACAAGAGCCACACUCACUCUAACCAAUGAACUAUGUCUACAGACCCCUGACCAAUUAUCCAAAUCAAUUUUCUGAGCCAGUUAUUUGGGGCACAUGUUUUCUACCACAUGCAUGCAUACACACACAGACACACACAUGCAUGCACACACACACACAUACACACAUCUAUGCAUAUAAAAUAUGUUCAGCUUUUUUUUAUUUUCUAUAUGUAUACAUGAAUUUAAAAUAUAGUAUAUUCUGUAGGUCAAAACAAGAGCUAUUGUUUAAGUUUAUACAUUUUGUGUGCUUUGUUUUAUAUUUUUAUCUUUAACAAUACAUGAGUGUGUAAGGCCCUCAAAUUCAUCUUUUUCAAGGACUUAGUUGUAUAUUGAAAGCUUUUAGCAAGUAGUUCUCAUUCUAAACCACUCUUUCAUUGUUCAAUCAACUGAAUUCAACUUUAUUAAUGUCAAAACUGAUGUAAAAUCUGUGAAGAAGUCCCUCAAAUACAUAUCAGUGUUAAUCACCAAUGAUCUCUAUAUUGCUGACAUUCAUUAAUGCAUGUGUCUUUUCAGGGACCUGCCAUGUAUUUCUAUUCCGCUGAACUAUGGGAAAUGUUACUGUGUUUGUUCUCUUGGGGCUUUCUGCAAACCAAAACAUUGAAGUACUUUGCUUUGUAAUAUUUCUAGUCUGCUACAUGGCUAUUUGGAUGGGCAAUGUACUUGUAAUAAUCUCUAUCACAUUCACUCAGCUUAUUAACCAACCUAUGUAUUUCUUCCUCAAUUACUUGUCACUUUCUGAUCUUUGUUACACAUCCACAGUGACACCCAAACUCUUGACUGAUUUACUGGCAGAGAGGAAGAUCAUUUCUUAUAAUAACUGCAUGGUACAGCUCUUUGUUCUUCAUUUUCUUGGAGCCAUUGAGAUCUUCAUUCUCACAGCAAUGGCCUAUGAUCGCUAUGUGGCUAUCUGUAGACCUCUGCACUACACUAUCAUUAUGAGCAAACAGAGAUGCAAUGAAAUCCUUGCAGUUUGUUGCACUGGAGGAUUUCUGCACUCAGCUAGUCAGUCCCUUCUCAUUACCUUUUUGUCCUUUUGUGAUAACAAUGAGAUAGAUCACUAUUUUUGUGAUGUGUACCCUUUACUGAAAUUGGCUUGCACUGAAACACAUAGAAUUGGUCUCUUUGUCAUUGUUGAUUCUGGACUAAUUGCUUUGGUAACAUUUGUAAUUUUAAUGAUCUCUUAUUGUCUGAUAUUACACACCAUUAGAGUUUACCCUGCAGAAAGCCGUUCCAAAGCUCUUUCUACGUGUAGUUCCCAUAUAACCAUUAUGGUCUUGUUUUUUGUACCUGUACUCUUCAUUUACAUCAGACAAAAUACAACAUUCCCAGAAGACAAAGUGUUUGCUCUUUUCUACACUAUCAUAGCUCCUAUGUUCAACCCUCUGAUCUAUACACUGAGAAACGCCGACAUGAAGAAUGCCAUAAAGAAAAUAUGGUAUCAUCAAAUAUCUUUGUAAAAGAAGAAUGUUCCAUGUAAGACAUGAAAAAUGAGUACAUGUGAAUAUUGAACCUUUCUACAACCAUCUUGUUCCUGUCCUUGUUUCGGUUCAUGUCUAUGUAAACCAUAUGUUGAUUUUAUGAAUUCUUAUUCUUCUAUGGCCUGUCAUUUCCCUGCGGCUUUAUUCUCUCAGCCAUCAUAUACUGACUAGCUUAAAAAAGAUAACUUGCAAGGUUUUGUUUAUUCUGUAUAUUGGUCUUCCUCAUUGCCAUUAUGUAUCCACAAUCACAGUCUAGAACACUAAUUACUACAACUGCUGCUUCAUUUGUUUUCUUUAAUAGAGUCACAGGGCCCCAACAUGUCCAGGAAAUUAUAUUACUUCAACAACAUAGAUAUUAUAUUCUCCUAUAAAAGCAUAAAUUUUAUAGAUAAAGACAUUGCAUGAAAGGACUAUGAAUAAAAUGUCAGGAAUCAAAGAUUCUGUAAAUAUGUUUUCAUGUAAUAAUGACAUAAACAGCUUUUUAUUUAUAUAACUAUAUAGACAAAUAAAGAAACAUUAUAAUGUAUUGGUGAAUGUUUAUUAAUUAUACAACUCUGGUUAUCCAUAAAUAUCAUCUCUGAUUUUGUGCAUUGAAUUUUCACUAAGCCAUUAUAGUUUCAUGUUGAAAAAAAUCAAAGUCAUGGUUCAUGUUAGUCUUCUGGGGUCAAGUUUGAAACCUAUUGUGAAAUGGUUGACCUAAA